UAAAAAAUACUGUAAGGUAGGAGACAAACUAAAGCAUUAUUGUAAGAGCCACAGCUACUUUAUCCUGGCUCCUCAAUAGUGCAUGAAAGUACAGAAGGUUGCAUAAAUGUACAUAAUGUCCAAUAAAGAAAAGGAGCUGAAAUUACCAGGAUUUGAGUUUAACCCUCCAUCGGAUCUGAACCAAUAAAUACUCUCAAUGAAGUCCUGAAAAUGAUGUUUAAAUAUGUAUGAGCUUUCCUGUGUUUUGUAUUUAGCCUUGUGAAUCGAUAAAGUAGCAUGUUCCCAAAGCAUAAUCUCUACUACUCUGUUUGGAAUUAAAAGCAUGGCUCAACCACUAUAUAAGGGUUUAAAAUCACAAACCGCAAUCACUGGGAGAUCUAGAUUGCCUUUCAGGUUCACCUACCCAGAUGGAGUUUAUUCUAUUCUGGUAAUCUGAUGAGUCCCUUCAAUCCACACAGAUCACACCAGCCUUCAGGGACAAAUUUGUGAUUCUGAGCAACACAAAUAAGACUGACUUGACCUGCCUAACAUGUGGUCUGUGAGUUGAGACUGUUAAUUCUCCAAUCCAUGCCUUUGCAGCAAAAGCGCAGCACAUUGUCUACAGGCAUUAUAGGGAUAAAAAAGUAUAAACCAGGCCAUCAAAAGCUUGAGAGCUUUUGAAAGACAUAGAGACCAAAUUUAUGAUCAAUUUUGAAAUCAAUACGGGACAACAGUAGCUUGAGGCACAACUUGAGAAAACUUUACUGUGGUUUUUUCAGAUAGUUUAAUCUAAAGCCUUUUCAGCCUUUUCAAAGUAAAAGACAGGCUAAUUACCUUCAACCACAAGCAAAAUGGAAGAACUCAGAUGGAAAGAAAAAAUCAAUAUCCAGCAUUUGUUUCAUCUGAAAAAGCAGUGUGGCAAUGAUGUAUUUCAAGCCAAACUUAAAUAUCCUCUUAACGUGGUAUGGACUUAAAAACCUCAAAAUGAAUUGAGGUACUUUUGAAAAAGAAGAUAAGAGGAAAGAUAAUACAUCUAGUAUUUAUCUGAAACAGGGGUUAAAAGUAACACUGACAAAAAGCUUGCAAGCACAUUCAGCCUGCUUUAGACAUUUGAAUCAAACAAAUCAAUUAUUAUUUCAUUGGAAAAGAAUAAAAAUCAUCCAACCCUGACCUAGAGACAAUGAACCCCUCAGCAGUGCACAGUGGUGCUAUUGUACUCAAAGACCCUUAUAUGAAAGCUCUAAGACUUUAUUGGUCAUAUGUGCCAAAUGACCUUGAAUCCAUACCUCACAUUCAGUAUUGUGAGUGAAUAGAAGCUAAUACAAGUUCAACUAUCCCUAGGAAGUAAAACAUACAUAUUGAAAGGGCAGCAAAAGGCACAGGAAAACAGCUCAGUUAAACAAAUUUUAGAUGCAUUUUGCCACAUGAAAUGUGAUUGUGGCAGUUAUUAAUGCACUCUCACUGUAAGACAGCAGAUCUGAUUAACUUGUUUCCUGUCUGUUCCAACCAGUCACCCAAAUAAAUCAAGACAGCACCUGGACAAUGUUAAUAUUAGACAAAUUAAGAAGCUGUGUGGCUUUCAUAGUUGACACUUAAAUACACCUAAAAAUCAAGCAAUGUAUAGCAAAAGGGGAAAGGGGGAAUAAAAAAAAAGCUGUGAGUGACAAAAAAUAAGCUAAUCAUAAAAGGGGAAAGGGUUGAGUAUACUGUUAUACUACAACAUUACUAAAUGUAUCACUUGGACAAGGUUUAAUGGGAGGUACCAUACCACACUUAUCAAGGCUUGUACAUAUUUAUCAUACAAGCAAUCUCUGGAGGGAAAAACAUUUUUCGGAUGAUGCUAAUUUCCAGAGGAGCAUAAUAACAUAACACUAUUAAUAAGAAUAAUUUCAAAAGAACAAGAAUUAUUCAUUGUUACAGCAGUUUGACAGUGUGCAAAUUGUGUAGAUCCUGACAAAUAAGGUUGCCAGUUGAGCCAACAAAAUUAGACAUCAUUCCUAAAAUGUGCCGGUGUGGCAUGUAUUUGAUGUGAUGUGAGCAGAAGUCAGCAUACUUUUAGCAGCACACCAUCAGCUGCCACUGGCAUCAUAAAAAUCAAGAAAUCAACAAAGUCUUUUGCAGAGAAAUGAGAAAUAGACCGUAAACGUUGGACAGAUGACCUCAGAAUAUUGUUCCUGUAAUCACUGUGGUUGUUAACACCAGCUGCUACAAAUUAGACAUGCACUUGCUUUCUUCUGACAGACAUUAGAAUUUAACACUGCUCCUGGUGGAGAAGAUACUAAAUUUAACAUGUAUGAAAAGGAUGACCAAAGGGAGCCCAUACAGCACAGUAUCAUGUGGGGAUAUGAGCACUGUAAGUGAAAACAUUUGGUCUUUGGACAGUUCUUUACUGGGAACCCCAAAGGUAUACAUAACCAAGUGGGGGGAUGGGAGGGAUUACUGGCAGUAUUUCUCACAUUUUCUUGUGAGAAUCACUCAACAUCAUCUGGUUACUGUAAACUCCAGGGAUUGUUUAUUUCUGCUUUUUUUAAUGUCUUGCAUCUGCAUUUAAAAGUAAAACAAAGAGUGCACACAGAGAAUACACAUUUUGACUUGUUAAGGCAGGGACAUCAAAGGGAAAAACAAAUAUGGUCUAAAUUUCAAACUUAAUCAUCUACAGGGAAUUAUGAUUGUAUUUAAAUUAUCUUUGCUGCCUUAACAUGUAAGCUCACUGAAUAUAAAAUGGAAAGGCUGCAGUGUACAAGCACCUCACCAACUCACCAAAGGUUUCUCCCCAUACACCACUACUACCUCCCCCCCAACCACUGCUUGCUUCAAAUAGAGGAGAGAACAGAAAGUGACAAAUAUAAACAGUGGGACGGCUGUGUUGAAGGAAAUUACCUCCCAGAACCAUUGGCAUGUUGCCAGCGCGAAGACAUUCAUCUGUUUUGUACAGAGUCUGACUCACGGGCAAGACGCUUAGGGAGGGAGGGGAGAGUGAGCGAGAGAGAGGGAACAAGACGGGAGGAGAGUGUGAGCCGAUCACAGGCAGCGAGCAAGAGGCAGCGGCUGGGAAUGGGAGAGGGGCAGACAAAGCCACAACAUCGGAAAGUUUUAAACCUGUGAUCGCGGUAUGUGAUGCGGAGCAAGACUGGGGGUUUCUCCAACAUGUGGAAGCAAAACAAAUUCCACAUCAUGGACUUCUUCAGACAGAGACAGAUUUAGGUUUUGCUGAUGAAGGAGGGCAUUCUCUGUCACAUACUUAUUUGGGAAGCGUGGAAAUAUAAAGAUGAGUUAGGGGUAUGCUAAACAAAUAUAUUAAACUAAGUGGCACGCAAAGGCCGAAAUGCACUGAGUGUUAAGAUGCACUGCUUUUCAGCGCCAAAUGUUGCUUUAGUUUUAAUGAAAGUUAAGACAUAGCGGCUUGGGAAAAUAUUUUACGUCAAAAGAGCAACACACUUUACCUUCAGGAGCAGAGGACACAACGGAUGACAGAGUUUCAACUGCCUGGGAAAGUGAAGACCCCUGCUAACAUUUCACUGUGGAAGUACUAAUCGUGUUGGGAUUACCGCCAGCAUUGGAGUUCAUAGCAUUGGACCUGUUUUCAGUGGAUCCCCUACUUGUUAUCAGCUCUUUCUUUUAAUUUGUACACUGCAUAAGGGAUGAUGCACCCUGUUCACUAACCUUGAGCUGUGCCGCCCUACCCUCUGCCCUUGCCCAUGGGACCCCGAGUGACCAUGCUGACCGAGUGUCCAACACCAGAAAGAUCAGAGCCCCGACCCACGCUCAGGCCUGCUGUAACCUCUGCCGCACCAUGUCCCAGGCAGUCGCGGCUGCACUCGAGACUAACAGCUCACGGCCAGGAGAAGAGUCUGGGGUUCAGCUGAAAUGGGCUGCCCUGCUUAUUGUCAUGGUCAUCAUCCCCACUAUCGGAGGCAACAUCCUGGUCAUUCUUGCUGUGUCCCUUGAGAGGAAGCUGCAGAAUGCCACCAACUAUUUUCUGAUGUCACUUGCUGUGGCUGAUCUGCUGGUGGGACUCCUAGUGAUGCCAAUUGCCCUCAUCACUGUUCUCUACAACUCUGACUGGCCUCUUCCGGAGUUCCUCUGUCCCAUUUGGCUCUUCCUCGAUGUGCUGUUUUCUACCGCAUCCAUCAUGCACCUAUGCGCCAUUUCACUGGAUCGCUACAUUGCCAUCAAAAAGCCAAUCCAGCACAGCCAGUACAAAUCCAGAGCCAAAGCGAUGGUGAAGAUUGCACUGGUGUGGCUCAUAUCCAUUUGUAUCGCAAUCCCGAUUCCAAUUAAGGGGCUUAAGAACCACCAUGUUCCCAACAACAUCACCUUCAACAGUAACCAUACAUGCCUACUGAAAACAGACACUUUCUGGGACUUCAUCAUGUUUGGCUCCUUGGCAGCAUUCUUCAUCCCUUUGACCAUCAUGAUGGUCAUCUACCUGCUUACUGUCCAGGUGUUGCGCAAAAAGGUUUAUUUGCUCAGGUCAAAGGUGACUCAGCGCUUUAGCUACCCAACAGUCUCCACAGUUUUCCAAAGGGAACAGGGUGUGAACUCACCUAAAGCAGAGCAACUCAACAUGCUGGAUGGCAGACUUCCCAGGAUGCAAGAAAAACCAAAUACAAGUGCACCAAACUCUCCUACAGGAGAUGAAAUGUCCUUUCGCAGAAUGUCAACGAUGGGCAAGAAGUCAAUGCAAACUCUGAGUAAUGAGCAGCGAGCCUCAAAAGUGCUAGGUAUUGUCUUCCUUCUGUUCGUGGUAAUGUGGUGCCCUUUCUUCAUUACUAAUAUCAGCUCUGUGCUAUGCACCAGCUGUGACGUUAACGUAAUCGCCCGCCUCAUGGAGAUCUUUGUUUGGGUUGGUUAUGUAUCAUCGGGUAUCAACCCAUUGGUCUACACCCUAUUCAACAAAACUUUCAGGCAGGCGUUCAGACGUUAUAUCACCUGUAAUUACAAAAAGCGUGCUAAUAACGGGCCGGGAAGGCAACCAAGGGCCUCAACUAUUGAUCGGACCCACACACGGAUUUCAUUCAGGUCUUCCAUGGCAGAAAACUCUAAACUGUUCAUGAAACGGGGAAUGAAGAAUGGCAUUGGAGCUGUGAGCUACCAAAGUCCACUAAGGUGCCGGCAAGCACCUGUACAGUCAUCCAGUGGUGUUGUGUUAGACACGAUGCUUCUGAGUGAAAAUGAAGAUGCUAAGCAGGAAGAACAUGUAAGCUGUGUUUAGAGCUAUUUGAAAAAAAAUGAUUCAAUUAAAAAGGGAGCACUUGAAGUGGAUCAGAUCUAUGAAGCAAACUUUUUAUCUUAUAAAAGACAAAAUAUCAGCCCUACCACCAAAAUUCAAAAUGUAUGACUGGAGCCUGCUGUUUCUCCCAAUUUGAUCAACAAAUCAUUUGCACUCACUUUCAUCCAUAAGGCAAACUCCUCCACUAUAUUUGUAAAUAUAUAUGGUUAAAAUAUUACUCAGUGGGGGUUUAAAACAAGUCACAUUAAUACUGUGAAACCUCAAAGACAGCAGGAGAGUUCAGGGCACACUCAAACCUUAAGAUAUCCUAUGACAGGUGAAUGGAAAGAAAGAGGAUGUCCUCUAUGAAAGAUCAAAAAUCAACAGAGUUCAGGCUACCAGACAAAAAUGUGAGGAAUGAAGACAUUAUGACAAGCUGGAGACUCUAUGAAUGCAGUACACAAUAUAUUCAUAUGCUGAUCCUUUCAACUUUGGCUAGCUAAAUAUGCUAUAAACCAUCUCAGACCACAUGCUUAUAUUUUCAGACAACUGCAUUUCUACCUUUCAAGUUUCUUCUGCAACAGACACACAGAAUAUAUUGCACUCUUGAAAUGAUAAUUCUUGUAUUUGGUGGACCUUUGGGAGGCGCUUGUGUACAUGUGCUACAGCCUGAUGUUUUGACAUGUUAAAGGGUUUCCGAAUAAAAGACUGUGUAUAAAGAGAAAACAAAAUCCAGAAUAAAUGGAAACCUAAAUGUGUUCAAUAAAAUAUUUUCUGUUUCUGUGUUGCUGAACUGAAAGAAAAUUGUA